AGCCGCCGCUGGCGCUCGAGGCGGCCGCGGAGGAGGCGGCGGCGGCGGCAGCGAGCGCCGGGUUCCGGCUCACGGCGGUGCGGCGAGAGCCGGCGGUGCGGCUGCAGCACGGCGCCAGCGGGCUGGAGCCGCUGGCGUGGUCCGAGGACCACCGGGUGUCGGUGAGCACGGCCCGCAGCAUCGCCGUGCUGGAGCAGCUCAGCGACGUGCACAGCGGCGGGCAGGACAUGGUGAUCCACCGCACCGCCGUGCCCGCGCCCGCCGCCGCCUGCAUGCUCAAGGUCGGCCCAAAGAAGGAGGUGGCUGAGUGCAAGGAGAAAUUCGCCAGCUCGGUGGAUCCCACCAUCAGCCAGACCUUCAUGCUGGACCGGGUGUUCAACCCCGAGGGGAAGUCCCUGACCCCCAUGCGGGGUUUCAAAUACUCCAGCUGGUCCCCUCUGGGCUGUGACGCCAACGGGAGGUGCCUGCUGGCCGCCCUGACCAUGGACAACCGCCUGAGCAUCCACGCCAACCUCAACCGGCUGCAGUGGGUGCAGCUGGUGGACCUGACCGAGCUCUACGGCGAGCGCCUCUUGGAGGCCGGCUACAGGCUGUGCAAGGCUGACGCUCCCUGCGGGGAGCUGGGAGACUUCCCCGAGUUCCAGCGGCGGCACAGCAUGCAGGCCCCGGUGCGCAUGGAGUGGUCGGGCAUCUGCACCACGCAGCAGGUGAAGCACAACAACGAGUGCCGCGACGUGGGCAGCGUGCUCCUGGCCGUGCUCUUCGAGAACGGCAACAUCGCCGUGUGGCAGUUCCAGCUGCCCUUCCUGGGCAAGGAAUCCAUCACUUCCUGCAAUACCAUCGAGUCGGGGAUAAGCUCCCCCAGCGUGUUGUCCUGGUGGGAGUACGAGCACAGCAACCGCAAGAUGAGCGGGCUGAUCGUGGGCAGCGCCUACGGCCCCGUGAAGAUCAUCCCCGUCAACCUCAAGGCGGUCAAAGGCUACUUCACGCUGAGGCAGCCCGUGGUCUUGUGGCAGGAGAUGGACCAGCUGCCCGUGCACAGCAUCAAAUGCAUCCCUCUCUACCACCCCUACCAGAAAUGCAGCUGCAGCCUGGUGGUGGCCGCGAGAGGCCCUUACGUGUUCUGGUGCCUGCUGCUGAUAUCCAAAGCGGGGCUGAACGUGCACAAUUCCCACGUGACGGGGCUGCACUCCCUGCCCAUUGUCUCCAUGACUGCGGACAAGCAGAACGGCACGGUGUACACCUGCUCCAGCGAUGGCAAGGUCAGGCAGCUCAUCCCCAUAUUCACAGACGUUGCUUUAAAGUUUGAGCACCAGCUGAUAAAGCUCUCGGAGGUGUUUGGCUGUGUCAGGACUCACGGAAUCGCCGUCAGCCCCUGCGGGGCGUACCUGGCGGUCAUCACCACCGAGGGCAUGGCCAACGGGCUGCACCCGGUCAACAAAAACUACCAAGUGCAGUUUGUCACCCUCAAGACUUUUGAGGAGGCAGCUGCACAGCUCUUGGAAUCUUCCGUUCAGAACCUUUUCAGGCAAGUGGACUUGACGGAUCUUGUACGCUGGAAAAUCUUGAAGGAUAAGCACAUUCCUCAGUUCUUACAGGAGGCGCUGGAUAAAAAGAUAGAGAGCUGUGGUUCCACUUACUUCUGGAGGUUUAAGUUGUUUCUCUUGAGGAUUUUGUACCAGUCGAUGCAGAAAGCCCCCUCAGAGGUCACGUGGAGACCUUCACACGAGGAUGCCAAAAUCUUGAUAUCAGAUUCCCCUGGGAUGGGCAGCACUGAAGAUGAUCAAGAGGAAGGAACUUCAAAACAAGCCAGCAAGCAGAGCCUGGGGGACACAGGCAAAGGUGUGGACAUUGAUGACACUGCAGAGGAUUCUCUCCAUCAGUCAGGUGACACUGGAGGCCGUGAGCCAAUGGUAGAAAAGCUUCUUGAAAUACAGGCACAGAUUGAGGCUGUAGAAAUGCACCUGACACGAGAACACAUGAAACGGGUGUUGGGAGAAGUUUACCUGCACACGUGGAUUACAGAGAACACCAGCAUUCCCACCAGAGGAGUCUGUGACUUCCUAAUGUCUGAUGAUGGCUACGAUGACAGAACAGCACGAGUGCUGAUUGGGCACAUCCUGAAGAAGAUGAACAAGCAGACCUUCCCUGAGCACUGCAGUCUGUGCAAGGAGAUCCUGCCCUUCACCGACCGCAAGCAGGCCGUGUGCUCCAACGGCCACAUCUGGCUCAGGUGCUUUCUCACCUACCAGUCCUGCCAGAGUUUGGUGUACAGGAGGUGUUUGCUUCACGACAGCAUUGCACGGCACCCAACCCCAGAAGAUCCUGAAUGGAUCAAGAGGUUAUUGCAGGGACCUUGCACCUUCUGUGAUUCUCCUGUGUUCUAGAGAAAAGCUGUGUCAAGACUGAAAGUAUUUUCUCUACUGCAUAAGCUCCCUUCAGCCUGGGAGGAUACAGAGCCAGGAACACAGACUCUGCUGGAGGGAGAACACCUUGUCCACUGCCCUGUACAUAGAACAUCACAGGUUCUACAAACUCCUGAAAUCCAGAGCCCAUUCCACGCUCCAGAAACAGGAAUGCACCUGGAAGAGCCAGUUUAAAGCUGUUUGGAAAUGCACCCAAGGAAGCCUCAGCAGCUGGACACUGUCAAGAACUGGAGGGUUGAGCACAGUGGGAAUUGUCCUUUCUGCCUGACACCAGUGUCAGUUCCCAAAAGUGGGAUGGGAACAGCAGAGCUGCCUCCUGAAUGGUCUUGGUGGGUAGAGAAGGCUGCAGCGUGCAGUCUCUCCUUUGCUUUUUAACCACCCUGGCAUUUGCUGUAGAACAUGGAACUCUCCAGAUAAUCCAUGGUUCCAGUCCUUGCCCAGAGGAGCAGAUGCCAGUUACAGCCAUAGGAGAGAGUUUGGCCAUUACAUGAAUUUCACUGAAAGUCUAGGAGAGUAACAGCCUCAGAACUGUAACAGUGUUUCAGUCAGAAAGGUGAUAUUGGCUGCCUGGGAUCAGUAAGGAUAAUUUUGAAAUAUAAUAAUAAUAAUAAUUAUUAAACUAAUAGCAAUUAGCUUAAACACUAAUAUAUAUACAUAUAUAUAAAAUUUCCAAUGCUCUUAAUUCUCUUGCCCCACUUUCUUUUUCUGAACUAAGUUCUAACUCCUUCCCAGCUCUUGCCAAAGUAUUUGCCUUUGGUUUCACUUAACCCUCUACCAAGAGGAAUCCUCUUUUCCAGAGAAACUCAGUUACCAAAAGCAUUACCAAUUAACACUACUGUCAAUUAAACUGAGAGUCUCCCUCAUACAGCACCUGAGUUUUAUACAAAUCUGACACACAAAUAAUCACUCCCAGCUGACAGUUUUGUGAAACUCUUUGUGUAUCCCAGAACGGUUUGGGUUGGAUGGGACCAUAAAGCUCAUCUCAUUCCACCCCUGCCAUGGCAGGGACACCUCCCACUGUCCCAGGCUGCUCCCAGCCCUGUCCAGCCUGGCCUUGGGCACUGCCAGGGAUCCAGGGGCAGCCACAGCCAGGGCCUCCCCACCCUCACAAGGAAGAAUUUGUUUCUAAUAUCCCAUGUAACCCUUUUGGAGCCAUUCCCCCUUAUCCUGUCACUCCAGGCUCUUGUAGAAUUUCUCCAUCUCAAGUGGCCAACUCCAGAAAUUUAUUUUGCCUUCUAAUUGUCUAUCAGAAAAACCAUCCUUUUUUAUCAUCUGUUCCUACAGGGAGCAGAAUCCUUUUCAACCUCCUAUGCAGUGUUAGAGGAAUAAUACCUCCCAAAUGUGUGUGGUUACUUGGUACAGUUUGUCUUGUUAGCUUCAAUCCAUGCUGUCAAAUAAUCCUGAGUUUGUGUAUUUCCAUUCUGCAGAGUACCACUCACAGAGGUGUCUCCCUGUCUGUGACUCCUUACACUUCCACUGUGUGGGAGGUGCUCUACAGCUCUUGAGAAAUCAUGGAAUUGUGCUGAGACUCAGUCUCCCACCAGUGCUUGUGUGAUUGGUGCUUGUUUCCUCCAUUCAAUGACUAUGCAUAUUUUGUUAAUGUUCCUUCACCUUUAAUCGGAGCAAUUUUUUUUCAGCAAACAUUAAAGAAGUCAGCUGUCCUUCUGCUCCGUGUCUCAUGCAUUAAGCAUGAUCAUGCAUUGACUGAUAAGAACAUUGCUGUAGUAGCCUAGAAACAGCAGAAGCACAUUCAUCUGUAAAAUAAUUAGCCUUGUUUGUAAAUAUCCUUGGAAGUGAUACCAUAAUUGUAUUAAAGAAACAUUUAGUUUUUUA